UGAUCUUGAGCCAACUUGGCGCAAGAGUGGCCUAUACGUGCGCUACGGAGCAUUAAUUGACUAGUUCGACUGUCGGGGGACUUCUGUACUAUCCCAUCUCUGCCGCAGCGAGCCGAAAUCUGUGGUGCAUCGCUACACGCCGAGCUGGAGCCCAGUUCUCUGGGCUGCUCCAGCAGGAGGCGCAGAGCGCGGGAACGAGGCCGCCAGCGGUGACGCUACGCCGAAGCCGUCGACAGCGCUGGCCGCGCAGCCAAUUCACAAUAAAAAACCGCGCAGGCAGCACAGGAUGAAGGUCGUGCUCGCGCUCGCGAUGGGCGCGGCGGCGCUCGCGCCGAACCAGCCGCAGGUCGCGGGCAAGGUCGCGGCCAAGGCCGCCGGCGCCGCAGCUUUAGGUGCCGCCAUGACGCUAUCCAGUGUACCCGCCUUCGCGGCCGCCGGCGACUCGAUCCGGCGCACGGAGCCCGUCGCGCGCAAGGAGGCCGCGGACGAGUCGUCCACGACCCAGCUCAAGUACUCGUACACGAACAUGCCCUGGGAAGAUUUGGAAACGUCGACGGCCAAGUUCGCCCCCAAGACGAACUGGAACACGCUGUACCCCGAGAAGCGCCUGCGCCUCGAGAAGAAGUCGCCGGUCGCGCGCAAGGACCUCGCGCCGGCGGGCAACUUCGAGACCUACGCGAAGACGUACCCGGGCCUCUACUCGGCCCUGUCCGGUUUACCGAUGGGCGAGACGACGCCGUUCCUCGGCGCGAAGCCGGCCGAGCCGCCGGCGGACGCGCCCAAGAAGUAGGCGCCGUGUGUAACUUCUUGGCGGGUUUA